AUGUGGUACUCGGCACCGCCCGACUGCUAUCUUACCACGCCAGCCAAUGGCCGCGCCCACCGUGCUUGUCGCUUUUCAUCCCCUUCUACAGUCAUGUUUAUGUCUCUUAUCUCCCAUUUAGUGAGCGCCUGGUUUGCAUUUUUGUUGCCGUCGUUCGCGACCUACAAGGCCCUCGCGCGUCUCCCGCAGUCCGAGCCAGACGUCCAACGAUGGGGCAUGUAUUGGUCCGUGGUAGGGGCUUUUGUCGCUUUCGAGUACAUCGCGGAAUGGUUCAUUAGCUGGUUCCCGUUUUAUUGGGAAUGCAAGACCCUGUUCCUGCUUUACCUCGCGCUCCCGCAAACAGAGGGCUCCACCUACAUUUAUCAAAACUAUCUCCGCCCAUUCUUGGCCAAGAACGAGGCCGCCCUUGAUGACGGAAUUGUCGCCUUGCAGCGAAACGCAUUUGGUUUCAUUCAACAGAAACUCACUGAUCUUUUGACCCUCGCUGCGAACGCUUUGAACAAACAAGGAAACACUCAGGGGCACAGCGGUCAGCCGCAGCAGGGUGCCAACCCUUUGCAAACCGCUGCAAGUCUCUGGCAGACUUAUGGAGGUUCCUUGCUCGGUGCCUUGCAGCAGCAGCAGCGUUCUGCCGCCACGGCCACCGGAGCAACCCAACACCCAGCCACUACCCCUAAUUUGACGCCCCGCCACUCUGGUGCUUCUAAUGCCUCCAGCCCUUCGGCUGAACUCAAAACUCCUACUCCUCCUUUCCCUGUCCCCCACCACUUUACUCCCAGUCAGUAA